AGCUGAUGAGAGAAAACGUGUACGAGACCCUCCACACACCUCUAAAAGGGACUCUGUAGGACGUGGUAAGCCGAGGGGAAGGCGAGGAGGGCGACGCCAUGCCUCUGCUACAGCCACAUAUCCCACGUUUGAGUGCUCCCUUUCAUCCAGUGUUGAGGUUCCUUUUACUGCAACCUCAACUAAACUAAAUCCUCAAGAGGAAUUUGAAAAAAAUAUGGAGAGGCUCUCUGACAUUUUGGCGUCAUGUCCUUAUGCUGGUCAGCCUCAAAGUAGCUCUGCAUCAUCAUGGUCUUUUCGGCAACAGAAAGCCUCAGAGCACUGGAAAGAAGCAAGACCAUACCACCUAAAAUGCCUUAUUUCAAAAGAGGCUGUUGGUCAUCCCCUGUGUGGCCUUUGCAACAAGCCUGCUGUUAUUAGGUGCAGAGAGUGUCUUCCUGAGGAGUGGUUCUGUGGGGACUGUGAUGUAUUGCAUCACAAAAAACAGCCACUCCACAACAGGGAAUGCGUGAUUCGUGGUUUUUUUGAAGCCAUUCCUCCAACCACAUGCAUCAUCAAAGGGGAAGCUGGAUUUUGCACCCAUGAGCAAGCUUGCAUUUUGCCAACUGUGAAGAUGCCAGACUGCUCCUGUGGAGGCACAAACUUCACUGUGUUACCAGGCAAACCAGUGAUUUUAAUUACCAUCAAUGCAAUGGACCCCUGACUUUAAAGACCUCCUAAGAAGUGGAUAUUGGCCAGCCUCCAUCACCAAUUCCACACUUUAUACCCUGGACCUCUUGAGCUCCCUUCAGGAACUCAAGAUCAUAUCUCCGGGAUUUUCCAGACAAGCCUUCGCAAAGCUGCUGGAGCAUCGGACUAAGUGUGGAGGAAGAUCUGGACCUAUCAACGGCGAUGCACUGCAGCGCAGCUUUUUAGAGCUUCCAUAUGCAUCAUUUGAGGAAGACCAGCUCUGCUGUGGUGCUCCUUUCACCUGCCCAGCCUGCACACCAGAAAUGUUGGCUGUUUCAGCAGAUGGAAAUAGAAAGCUAUAUCGCUUUCGCCGAAACGGAAGCUCUGAUGAUCCUGGCUUUUUUGAGGGGCUCUUUGUGGCUGAAGACAGUGUGGUGUCUAGAUUUGUCGACACCAUACAGAAAGCAGUGAAAAAUACACAGGGAAGAGGCACAUGUGGGGACUCCCAAUGGACAGCAGCGAGGGAAGCUUCAAGGAGGGCUUCAAAAUUGGACGAAGAGGGGAUGGAGGUUGCUGUGUGUCGCCAUGGGUUCCUUUUGAAAGCCCUUAAUAUGUACAGGGGAGAGAUAUUUGCCUACCCUCUGUACCUUCAAAAGGAGCUCAUGCCAGCCAAGGCACAAUUCUUCGCAAUGGAUGUGGCAUGCAAAUACUGGCCAUACCUGGAGAAAGUUGCUAGUGUCCUUCCUGCUUUUCAGGAGCUGACCACUAUGAAACCCUUUCUCAGUGUAAUGCAUGCUCGAGCCCAUGCUACUAAGUGUGAGAUUAAUUGGAGUGGCAGGAACCAGGAAGGAGCAGGGACAACCGCUGGUGAGGAGGUGGAGCAAGUGAACAGUUACCUUUCACGUUGUGCCCUGACGACCAAAUACAUGUCAAAAGCAGCACGGGUGGACAUGCUUACAUUGCAUGCAAUGGCGUGGAACGAGAAAAAAAAUCUCUCUUUACAUCAGGCACUUUCCACAAGAUAUGUGAAGACUUGUCAGAGACUCCAUGAUGAGACUGCAAGGCUAGCUGACCUAAAAACAGAGCUAGAUUGCACAGAUGAAUUGGUAUCACAGUGGCUAUCUGAUGUAAAGGAAUGGGCAGCUGGUGAGACACCUGGUACAUCUCGUGUCAGUCAAGGCACAACACACAAAGAAAUUCAGCAAUUGAGGGGCUCUACCUUAGUGUGAGGCACCGGAAGCGAACCCUCUACGGUCAGAAUGACAGCAGCAAGUUUCGCCAUCGCCUUCGAAGGAAGCUGGCAGAAGACAAAAAACUCCUUCUUCAGGAGAUACAGAAAUACAAUGAUCUUGUACUAGAAUCGGCAACAACCAUUGAUGUAGCUGUGGUGGAGCAUUCCCUAACUGGAGAGAAUACUGUGUCUCAAAUUUGGCCGUGGGAGGUUCAUGGCAGUGGUUUGUCUGUUUUUAGAUGCUUCACAGGAAUUUAUUUUCAGUUCUGCUUUAUAGAGUAUACUGAACUAAGGCAUGCAUGUUACAUAU